CACGACUCCAGCUGAGCUUUUAGAACAAAUCGUCCUAAUCGCAGCUCGCCAGCAUCUCCAAGGCCCACCAAGUGUCUUGCGUUCCCUACGAUUAACGUGCCGCAUGGCUAACAGUGCCCUUUCACCUGAGUCAAACUCAUAUAUGUACUUCAUGUUAUUCAGGGACAGAUUUUCUCCUUGGAGACAUUUUCAGGCGGUCAGCUCACAGUCGAUAACAUAGAGCAUGAGCUGAGGAAACGUUUUCGAGCACUUCAACGCAUUCGGCGAGGCGAUGUUGCUGAUCCUGACAUCCUAGAGUCCCUCUCCACCAUCUAUAUUAUGAUGCUGGAGGAUGAUGGUCGGAACUGGGACCAGUUACUUUGGGCUCGACUUCCAAUUUUUAUGACGCGCUUCCUUCGCGAACGUUUAAUGGUUGGUGCCGAGAAUAACAAAGGAUGGCCCACAGAGAAUGAGGUCAAUGUCUUGGCGGUUUCCAUCUUCUGGUUGAUGUCCUGCUCAGAGUCCAUAUGCGAUGAAACCGAUGAACUCAGGAGAGAGUUCGUGCAACUGCUAUCACCAUACUCCUUUGCUGGGUUUCGAUAUCCAUGUUUCACUGGGCUGGAGUACGAUUUCUGUCCUUUGGAAAAUUCUCCCAAGACUGUUGUCACAUCUGCUUAUGGGGUAUAUUCUCCCAUUCGUCCAGUUUCAACUACCAUAUGCUACUUUGGGCGGCCAGUACCGUUCAACCUUCCACCUGUUGCUCCAUAUGCUAUCCUCGUUCACUUUUCUCGUUUGGAGACUCGCCCUCUUAUGAUCCCUCCACAUCUACCAGAGACUCGAGCAGAGGCUGUCGCGAACAGUAUUUCAGGGCCUACAAAGGAGGACAUAGUAUACUUUAAUACUCGUUGCAAGACUCAUUUUCCGGGCACGAUGUACGGCAACCGCUUCGACACUCUGCUUAAGAGCCGGCGACAUGAUCCUGAUUGGACGCGUUCCAUUCGUGAUCCUCUCUAUCGCUCCCCUUCUUCCUUACCUGGACAAUAUAUCCCUGGUACGAUUUCCGGUCGCUGGCAGGGAUCUUUCAUUGCCCCAUAUUAUGAUGUAUACAAGGAUAUGCUAUCGUCUCCCUCUGCUCCGUCACCUUUUCCAACAUUUGGCCGGUUCCCUCUUUAUGUUACUUUCAGAGAGCUUUACUGUUACUCUCCGUCAAUCCCCCUCCCCUUGGGAGGCAAUGAAGGCGUAUUUGAAAAUGCAUUUUUGCCAAUCGGCUGUCGGUGGCAUGAGACCGAGACAGGGAUUGAAUUUACUGGAAAAAACGCGUCGUUCAAGGCCUAUUAUUCUCCACCGAGGCAAGAGCACCUCGAAAUUGGCCUCGUCGGAGGCAUUGCCGGCGAGUCAAAGCCAAGUGCGCAUGGUGCUUUUGAUGUCAUCAUUACAGGAGUGACAGAGGAUCGAUAUGCAGCUGCUUGGGGUGGCUACCGCUACAUGGGACGGAUACGACCCUCAGAUGGUCUAAUCGUUCUUCUCCGUGAACCACUGGACCCUCAGAUGGUUGAACUUGGGCGAGCGUUAUUCAGAGGCUACAUCAUCUCUUCUCGCAACUUUGUGGGUCGCUGGAGACGUGUGUCCAGCGGCGUUCAUCCUCCUGAAUGGGAGUCAAUAUUCAGUUUGUGCAAAGACAUGUCAUGGGAAUAGCGUCAAUGUGAUUUGCGUUCUCCUUAAUUGUUGUACAUCG